AAAGCGGUACUAAUCCUUCGUGUGAUACGGAUUCUAUGCCUCCGUUUAUACAACCAUGAUUCGUACUGUAUUAGUUUUUUGGGCUGCUACGAGACGCAAUCUCAUACAAUCUCUGAACUCUGUUCCCAUCAUAAACGCCAUCAUAAACCCUACGGUUUAUGGGACGGAGGACGGAGAGAUCUAGCAGAAAAGCAGCAAAGGAGAGCAGUAGGUCCCACCUGCCAACAGAGAUUCCUGACUCCUCCAACCAGGGCAACAAGCUUGCAGCAACCAGCAAAUGCCAAGCAUGGCUCAGACAGACGAUGCCAUAGAGAUUGCAGCCCUCGGCCGCCCCUUCCAGCUGGGGAUGCUGUACGACUGCCGCAAGGAUGCCCCCUCGUCCCAGGCGUCACCCUUUGGGACUACAGCUCCCUUCAGAAGGACCUGACCACCAGGCCUCAGCCCAAUACAGAAACUAAAAUCAUUGCAUCUGACAAUAUUGAUGACAAGGCCUCUGCCCUGGACAUCUCAGGAUCCCUCAAGGGCAGCUUCCUGGGGGGGCUGGUUGAUGUGAGAGGAUCAGCCAAGUAUCUUUACAACACCAAGAAGUCCAAGCAACAGGCUAGAGUCACCGUCCAGUACAAAACCACCACCAGGUACGAACAGCUGACCAUGAGCCACCUGGGAAUCCAGAAUAUCUCCCACCCAGCAGUCUUUGAGCAUGGCACGGCCACCCACGUGGUCACCGCCAUCCUCUACGGAGCCCAGGCUUUCUUCGUGUUUGACCGAGAUGAUUCCUCAACAGAAAUGGUAAAAAAUAUAGAAGGAAAUCUCCACGUCACAAUCAGGAAGAUGAUAUCCGUUACAGGACAAGGAGAUAUGAAGCUAAACGAGGAGGAGAAAGAGAGUGCACUGAAGUUCAGUUGCACGUUCCAUGGAGACUUUUCUCUGGAGAAAAAUCCAGUGACCUUCCAAGAUGCCAUGACAAUUUAUGAGACUCUGCCAAAAAUGUUAGGGAAAGAUGGGGAGAAGGCUGUUCCUGUGUGGGUCUCGCUCUACCCACUGACCAAGCUGGACACCAGAGCAGCUAAAAUGGUCCGCGAGAUCAGCCUAGCGUUGAUCUUUGAUGUUGAAAGCAUCUUGGAGGAACUCGACGAAAUCCAGAUGCAAAGUAACGAUCUAGCCAAGGAUCCCAUUUGUGACACCUUCCCUGAGAUCAAGAGGAAGAUCCAGCAGUUUAAGAAUCUGUUAAAGCAACACAGGCAGACUUUCCAGAAAGACCUGGCCAGAGUGUUGCCUUCCAUCCGGGGUGGAGGGCAGGAGGAAGGGACCCUGGUGGAUAUCUUGACCUCUGUCAAGCAGUCUCCCUUCAACAGCCAAAGACUCCAUGAAUUUCUGGACACCAAGAAAAGAGAAAUUAACUUUGUCAAAUCUUUUCUGACUAUUUUAAAUAAGAUACAAAUUAUCUCAUCUCAGAACAAGUUGGAAGAAAUAGUUCUCGAUCCUCAGAAUGGAUACGUGGUCUCCUUUGUAUUCACUUCUUUGCAGGAAGAGGAGCCGUUUCUGUUGAGCUUACGGGACAAGCUUCAGGAGCGAUUCUUGCAAGAAUCAGCUAAGUCCACAAGAUCCACUCCUGCGGUGAAGAAAGACAAGGCCUGGUUUGAGGACCAGGAGAGGACCCACAAUGCUCGCCAAGCGGCCAAAUCCAUGAAAGACUUUUUCACUGUCAACCAAUCGAAUGAGAAGGUCCGCUUUCUCGUGGCCUCACUCCCAGAUGUGGAGACCCCAGGAGCUUCCAUUUACCUUUAUGAAGAUGGAAACCUGGUCAGCAAGAACUUUGAGUUGCCCUCAAAACCUGUCCCUUUGCAGAUUACUGAACUGAGACACAACAGCAUUCAACUGAAGUUUCAGCCAGCUGAAUAUGGGAGGGCUGCCAUCUCCAGCUAUCUGGUAGAGUACAAGAUUUCAGGGAAAGAAAACUGGAAGACCGUGAGGACAGAAGACGCCAGGGAUAUGUUCCUGCUGAAAGAUCUGCCUCCAAACACAGAGUACCAGUUCCAGUAUGCUGCUUGUUGCAAGCCGGGUCUUAGUAAAUCCAGUGACCUGAGCCCACCCAUAAAGACCUUUCCCACCAGCCCGCCUGAGAAAUUAAGAACGGUCACUGCAGCAUCUUCUGUCAUCUCUGUGGCCUGGAGGAAUCCCAGCAUCGUUGCCUCAGGAGUUGUGGUCAAGGAGUACAAAGUGGAGUACAGAAUGGUAGAGGCUGGAGUUGGGAAGGACCAGUGGACUGGAAAAAGGACUGGGAGAAAAACAGAGUUUUACCCCAUCGAAGGUCUGAAGCCCCAGACGGCAUAUAGAAUACGGGUGUCAGCCGUGUGUGACAAUAGAGCUCUGGGUGUCCCCGGUGAGGAGGUGGAAGUCUCCACAUCACUGGAGGAAGAAGAUGCAGGCAACGUCGCCCGCCAGUUCUUUCAGGGAAGCUCCCCGGUGGAGGACACACAUCCGUUAGUGUUCGCUCUUCCUCUGAAGAAAGUCCUCUCAGAUGCCUCCAGCUCCUGUCUCAUAUACCAGCUUGGAAAGGAGAACCCAAACGUGCCGAACAAAGUGAUCCUGAUGAUGGGAGCAACAUGGUCUGGGAAAACCACACUGAUCAACGGGAUGAUCAAUUAUAUCCUGGGUGUCCAGUGGGGAGAUAAUUUCAGAUUCAAACUGAUUCACGAAACCACCCCAAGAAGCGAAGCUGGAAGCAGGACAUCUGAGGUCACUGUCUAUGUGGUGCACCAUCAGGAGGGUUUCCGGAUUCCCUAUUCCCUCACAAUCAUUGACACUCCAGGAUUUGGAGGCAGAAGAGAUGCAGAGCAAGACAAACUGGUUGAGAAGCAGCUCCAAGAAUUUUUCUCCGCCCCAGGGGGCAUUGACCACGUUGAUGCCAUUUGCUUGGUGGCCCAGGCCUUCCUUGCCCAUUCAGUUCAUGCCCAGAAAUGCGUCUUUGAUUCCAUGCUCUCCUUGUUGGGAAAAGACGUGAAGGAUAACGUCCAGCUCCUGAUCACCUUUGCUGAUGGGGGAACCCCACCUGUCCUGGAGGCCCUCAAGGAGGCUGAGGUGCCUUGUGAUCGGGACAAGUCGGGAACCCCUCUCCACUUCAGAUUCAACCAUUCAACCCUUUUUAGUCAUGGAGAAAGUGGAGGAAGCCUCGUGCUGUUGCUGAAAUAUACUGGAAAAUGAGCGCCGAGAGCAUGAAGAAUUUCUUUGACUCGCUAAUGUUGCUUCAAGCCAAAAGGUUAACCUUGACUAUGGAAGUCCUCAAGAAACGUCAGGAGCUGGAAGCUGCUCUUAGAAGACCUCCCCCUCCCAAGAUUGA